CGUGACCCUGCUCAUCGCGUACACAAGAAUAUGUACAACAACCGCCACUCUUAGGAAAGAUGACAAGUAACGUCUUCGGAUCGCAACCGGCCAUCAAGAAAAACUGGUCAAAAAUCCAAAGUACGACCUUCACAAACUGGAUCAACCAGCGAUUAAAAUUGAAUGGAGAGAACGGUGCCAGCGAGCCGAUACGAGAUCUUACCACGGCUUUACAAGACGGCGAUUUGCUUAUUAAGCUUGUGGAAAACUUAACUGGAGUUACUAAAGCGAGAAAAAACACUCGCCAGCCUCGACUGAGAGUGCAGAAAUUGGCCGACGUUGGGGCGGCUCUGGAGUUUGUUCGAGAGCAGGGAAUAAAGCUUGUUAAUAUAGGUCCCGAAGACAUUGUCGGCGGUAAUACAAAAUUGACUCUCGGUCUGAUAUGGACGCUAAUACAACGCUUUCAAAUACGAAGCACCAACCAACGUAUCUCCACCAAGGGCAUCCUACAAGUAUGGUCCCAAGCAAUGCUCCCAGACCUUCCAAUCAACAACCUGACUAGCGACUGGAAUGACGGCCGUGCUCUCUGUGGUAUUGUUGAGAAUCUCCGUCCAGGACUUUGCCCCGAUUAUCUAGACUUAGACACCAACGACAAGCUGGAAAACGUCGAGAGAGGCAUGAACCUUGCCGAGACUCAUCUCUCAGUGCCCAGUCUAAUUGAGCCUCACGACUUCAUUGAUCCAAACAUUGAUGAGCUGAGCAUGAUGACAUAUCUUUCCUACUUCGUAUCACCGGCGAAAGAGCAUCUCCUCAAGUGGGUUAAACAGAUCAUCCCAGAGUUUGGUAUCCAAAAUUUCUCCACCGACUGGAGCGACGGCAUCGCGUUGGCUACCCUCAUGCAUCGCCUCUUCGAUCAGCUGUGUCCGAACUGCGCCGACAUGAAGACAGAAAACGGACUGGAAAAUCUCCGCGUGGCUAUAGAAGAGGGCGAGUACAGAUUGGGAUUGAAAAAGCUUCUUACGCCUACAGAGAUGACCAACCCGAAGGUCGACGAAUUGAGCGUCAUAACGUUUCUCAUGCAACUAAAAACGGCCACAUUGCUGCCACUCCCAGGAGAAUGUACCUGCUCUGGUUCCGGUCUGGAGAAAGCCGUUGUGGGAGUAAAGUCUCGAUUCAAGGUCAACGCCAGUCGAGCAGGCAACACUGAGCAACUGCUAAUCCAACUCAAAGGACCAGGAAGUGAGGACGUGCCAGUAGAUCUCUCCUCGCUGUCUCCGGGCGUCUUCACUGUGUCAUACUGUUGCCAAAGAGUCGGACACCACUCUCUGACGGUAACCCUAAACGGACAAGCAGUGCCGGGAUCUCCUUUCAAAGUCAACGCCUUUGAUCCAACAAAAUGUAAAAUCAUCACUCAACCGACCUACUUCAUACAAGGAGACGAAGGCAAAGUUGUGAUAGACAGAAGUAACGCAGGAGACGGCAUAUUCCAAGCCGAAUUGAGUGAAGAAGACAAAGGCGUUGUUACCGCAGAAACCAACGACAGCACGACAACUCUUCGAAUCAGUCAAAAAACCGGCUCACACGUAAAACUCGAGCUGCUCUUCAAUGGGCACAGACUCGUCGUCUCUCCGCUCGUCGUCCCGCUUGUCGACGCCAAGAAAGAAGCGAGCAACGCACGACUGUCAGGCAGCGGCGUGUACAACGCGACCAACCUCGAGAAGUCGACAUUUACAGUCACCGGCCUACCGCCUGGUUUACUGAACGCCGACGCACUUUCAAUAUCAAUUACCAGCAUUGGAUGCGAAGCGGAAGUAGAGCUGUUCGAGAACGAAAACGGAACGUACUUGGUAGACUAUGUCGCGCCCAAACCCGGAGCGUAUUUAAUACAAGUAAAAUGCUAUGACGUACAUAUCCCCGGCAGUCCGUUCAAGCUGACCGUCAAACAAAGAGCGGAAGCGAGCAAAUGCAUUUUCUAUCCCGACAAGAAGCGGUAUAAGAUAUCCGGGGAAGAGCUGGUGUUCAGAAUCGACGCCAGAGAGGCCGGCGCCGGCUCUCUGGCGGCUGCAGUAUUGAGCGAGAAGCGCGAGGUGUUCAAGGUGCCCUGCGAGAAAACGGGAAACGGGCAGUACGCGUUGCGUUUCACCCCGAACGACGGAAAGUGUCGGUACAUACUACACGUGCGGUGGGCUCGCAAGGCAAUAUCCGGGACGCCGCAUCGGUUCCGGGUCUGGCCGGGCGCGGAUGCGAGUAAAUGUAUAGCCUACGGUCUCGGAUUAAACGAGGGGGUAGUUAAACAGGCGUGUGAGUUCUACAUCGAUUCCCGUGAGGCGGGGAUCGGAUCCUUGUCGGUGCGAGUCCACGGAAUCAAAGACUCUUUUAAAGUAAAAGUACAGCAUGGAGAGCCCGAUCCGCGUGUUCUAACUGCUUCCUACAAUCCUCAGGAGGCAGGAGAGUAUCUCAUCUCAAUCCGCUGGUCAACUGUUGAGAUACCCGGCAGCCCAUUUGGGGUCUACAUCUCCGACCCUGAGGCUGAAUUGGAGGUUCAGCUAAAGGAAGAGAGAGCGAGGCAGCGACAAGAAAUGCGACAGUCGAGAAGAAUCAAGUCGGAGGAAGAAAGAAAGGCCAGAAUCGAAAACGAAAAGAGAAAGAAGAUAGAGGAACUAAGAGUGAGAUCGGAAGAAAAGAGAAGAAUUCGACAAGAACACGAGGAGAGGCGUCAGGCAGCUAUACUAGAGAUGGAAAAGCUUGCUAGCACGGCCACACGCACGUCUGGUCACUACAGCAGAGAUGCUCUACAGCAAUACUAUUUAUCAUCGAAGUCUCACCAUGCCAUGCUUGUAGCGCCCGGUGGUCAUCAGACUCAAUACUACCAACACAAACCUAUCACUACACGUCACAGAUCGUCGUCGUUUCGAGUCAAACGAGAAGCAAAGAAGAAGAAGAAGAAGAAGAAAGGAAGAAAAGCGAGUGGAGAUGGUCGAGUGGAAGACGAAGAAAUGCUAAGACAAGCAGACAUAGAGUCACCGAACACACCGACAGCAACACAAGUGAGGACAGAAACACAAGCAAGGGCACCAACACAAGCAAGCGCAGCUACACACAAUUGGUCUUCGUCACCAGCCAUGUCGGAUACUAAACCAACAGCAAGUCCAGAGGAAAGACAAAAGGGAGGACUGUUUGGCAUGAGCUUCGCUGGGAUGAACGCACUGACAGGCAGGAGACCAGACAUUUCAUCUUCAACUGAAAUGUUAUAAUUAGCCCCAAUAUUGUUGGAUAAACACUUAUGUAGCCUAUCAAUUGAAAUAAUGCUGCUUUUAUACUACAAAAUAUCAAAACGAGAUUUGAUACAAUAUAUAUUGGUAUUAUACCUCUG